AAAGUUCAUAGAUGAAAAUGAAUAUUAAACGUGCUGACCCCCAAUAUGCUGAAUCGUCUAGAAUAUACUAUAUAAACUGAAUUUGAAAAGGAUUCGUCACUUGUGUUUCGAGCCACAUUGGCAUAAUGGGUUGGAAACUAGUGCUUUGCUUAUUUGUUGGUCUAGCCACAUCGGCCUCGAUCAGUGGAAAUAGCGCGUGGAGACCAGGAUACGAAUAUGUUUACAAAGUGCAUGGCCAAUCUUUAAGCAACUAUGAUGACGACUAUUAUAAGGGAAUCGUAAUCAAGGCGGAUCUGAUUGUACAACCACAGUCGGCGGAAGUACUCAUCGGUAAGAUCUCGAAUCCCAAAUACGCUCGAUAUGAAGGGGCAGACGAACCCACGAUUCGAGAUGUGGAUGCGAAUUCUCAAGACCUACAGUUUAAACCUUUGGACCUUGGUGACAAACCCUUCCGUAUUAGGGUAAAGCAAGGAGUUAUUAGAAACAUCGAGAUGGCUAGCGAGUUGGAGCAUUGGAAGGUUAACAUGAUUAAAGGUAUCGUAAGUCAAACCCAACUUGACAUCCAAGGCGUAAACUUAAUGAAGGAUCGCAUUAACCAACUUCCCGAAAAUGAUUCGUACUCUGGAGUCUACAAGACUAUGGAAGACUGGGUUACCGGUAAAUUCGCAACUUUAUAUGAAAUGAACGAAGUUCCAAGCACUCAAAUACAGUACAAACCAUGGCGCGUACCAUUCCCACAACUACAAGGCGAGGGAUCAAUAAUGGAAGUUGUCAAGACAAUCGAUUAUAGCAAAAGCAAAGAACGUGUCAUGUACAGUUACGGAUUAGCCACCGAUGAAGACACCGACUUGCAUGAUAUUUGGAUGGGCAAUUUCCUUUCGAGGGUAACUUCAACCCAAGCUUUUAUAAGUGGAAGACCAGAUCAAUACACAAUUCAAUCUGCUAUUGCGUUCGAUUCUAUCGCAGCGGCGCCUUUACACAACAACAGGAAGAAAUUCUCCGUAGAAAGUGGUUUCAAUAUUACUUUAACCAAAUAUGAAUCCACCACUUCUCAACUCCAAUUACCAUCAUCUCUAAAAUCACAGGGCAGCCUCACUUACAGCUACAACGAGGACGCUGGAAAGGAAAAGAAUAAUUGUGAUGAAAGUAGCAGUUCCUCAUCAUCCUCAAGUUCGUCCCAAGAUUCAGACUGUCCCACAAAGAAUCAACAAGGUCAAAAACACCAUAAGAACAAAUCUGCAUCUUCUUCCUCUUCGUCAUCUUCUUCUUCGUCUUCAUUUAGUUCGGAUUUCAGUUCUAUGUCUGAUGAAUCAGAUUGGAAAGAUGCUCAACCUAAGUUAACGGAGGCCCCCCAAUCUGGUUUAUUGCCAUUAACCAUGGGUUACAUGGGUCAGCUGGUGCACGCCCAUAGCAAGAUGAAUCCUGUUGAAGUUGUACAAACACUUGCCAAUGAGAUAGCACAAGGAAUUAUGAAUCCAGACUCUAAAUUCCAACCACUAACUUUGAGCAGAUUUGUCAUGCUGACAACCCUCAUUCGAACAAUGGACGAAACGCAACUACAGCAGGUUACCAGCGCACUGUACAGCAAUGAACAAGGUACACUGAAAAGCUACGCUUGGCAAGCACUUCGUGAUGCAUUAGCAGAAGGCGGUACUGGUCCAUGCUUGUUGGUACUCAGUGGUUUAAUGGGCCAAAACAAGAUUUCCGCGGGAACGGCAGCUGCUGUCUUUGACCAAAUAACUCGCUCAGCUCGUCAACCUACCGAAGAGUACAUGCGCACUCUCUUCACAUUUAGCAAGAAUCCCAAAAUUGAAGAAGACCCAGAAUUGUUCACUAUUAUUCCAAUCGCAUUUGCCAGUUUUGUUCGAAAAGUUUACGUAAACAAGGUCGCUAGCCACGAUCAAUAUCCUGUUCACAGUUAUGGACGAUUCUAUACCGAGCGGGGAAUGGAAUUCGUGGUCAAGGAAUACAUACCUUACCUACAGGGGCAAUUAGAACGAGCAAUUUUAGCAAACGAUUCCCCUAAAGUGCAAAUUUACAUUUCUGCCUUGGGUGCAGUCGGUCAUCGAUACAUAUUGAAGGUAUUCAAGCCAUACUUUAACGGUGAGAAAUAUGCCACCCCAUUCCAACGUUUGAAAAUGGUGUAUGCACUCCACCCUCUUGCCAAAUACAAUCGGAAAUAUGUUCAAUCGGUUCUCUACAAGAUCUAUCAAAAUUUCGCGGAGGAUGAGGAUGUCCGCGUUGCUAGCGUAUACAUGUUAAUGAAGACUGCUCCUCCUCCCUAUAUGUUAAAAAAGAUGGCCGCCUAUAUUAACAUCGAUCAAAGCCAGCAGGUUUCCUCUGCUGUGGAAUCUAUCAUCAGAGCACUAUCUAAAAUGGAAGGACCUGAAUAUAAUGAAAUACGAGAAAGCGCAAUAGCAGCCUUAUAUUUGCUGAACGACAAGAGUUACAGCACAGAAUAUUCAAGGAAAUACGUGGAAAACAACUACUUCCCUGAAUCCAACUCUGAAUUUCUGCAGGCCCUUCAAACCAUCGUCGGUGAAGAUAGUUCAGUGCCGAAGGUUAUGAAAUACAUCUUACGUACUAAUAUCAAUGGAGUUAAAACUGACGCGUUGAGAAUUGAAUUCAUGGUAAACAGCAUUGGCCAACUUACCGACGCAUUAUUCCGUCAAUUCGCAACAUAUCAACAUCAACAAAGGCAACAAAAUCAACACGCAAGCAAAGGUAAUGAAAAUCCAUGGAGUCCAGAAAAUAUCGCUCGAAAACUCAAAAUGCAUCGCGAGAAACCUAAUUACUUGGAGGGCAGCUUUAGUUUUGAAAUGGCAGGACUACAAAAGCGUUAUUUAUUCAAUGAUGAAAGCAUUGCGACGCUUACUAAAGUUAUUGGACAUAUCGAGCAAGAACUUCAAGGGAAAAAAACUAUGCAAUUCACCAAGUUUAUUAACAACAACGAUAUGGCUGUUAGUACACCUACAAUCAUGGGAAUACCAUGCAUCUACACCUUUGAUCAACCUACCUUGAUACAUCUUGAAGGUCACAUAACUGCGAAUGCCGAACCGAAAGUUAGUACUGGCGAUGCUUUCCAUCUUCCAAAGAAUAUGAAAGCCGCAGGUCAAAUCAAGGCUAAUAUUUCCAAAAAGAGGCAAGGGCAGCUUGGAUUUGUCGUUCCAUUUACUGGUGAACAUUUCUUGGUGGGAUACGAAAAGAAUAUGCAGUUACAGAUUCCUCUCAGCGUUCAAUACGUUGGAGACAUUGCCAAGGGGCAAUACACUAUUCAAUUGAGUGUGUCCGAACCACAGCAAACCUUUAACCUCUUCUCUUUCAAUACUUUGCCUUAUAUCGCAGCUCGUAAUGUCGUAAAUUUCACACCUGUUCUUGAAGAUUCUAACACUAAAAUAAUUAAAGAAAACACACCAAAGACAUCCGUUGAUCAAGUGUUUGGUGAAGAAACGGGCAUUGCUAUGCGAGUACAACUACAUUCUGAAGAAAAAUUAAAUUUGCCUUGGUUAUUUGAAAAAGUACAAGCGUUUGAAGGAAACAGAAUUCCUCUGUUAAUGGCAGCUUGGUACGAUGAAUCAGUUGCUUACUGUCACUUAAACGUACAGUACGAUGGUAAACGGUCAUCCAACAGUCGUAUUCAGGUGCACAUCGGCCAUCAAGAAAGCGAGGGACAAGAGAACUGCCGUAAUCAUGGGGACGUUGACAUUGGUCAAUUAUACAAAACACCAAGCGACCGACAAGCUCGUCAAAAGCAAUUCUACCAAAAGGCUUGCAGUAAUAUUGCCAACUCAGAAGUCCAGGUUCUUGAUGUCGAAGUUCAGUUCAGUGGUAAACAGGAAAUAACAUACUCAGCAACUGCAGCGGUUGCCACAAGCUACGUCGAUCCAAAGUCUAACUUCUUAUUCUACGCCACAAGACAACCCAGCAAUUCCAGAAUGGUAGAACCGAGCAAGGUUGCCUUGUUGGUUAAGACACAUGUACCGAAGACUAACGGUUUGGAUCCUAUCUUCGCUCUAAAGAAUAGUGUAUUAGGAAGCAUUCAAGGACAACUAGCAUUUGGAAAAGAUGAACAUUCUUGCAGUAAAAUUAAUAUGCACGCUACUUUAGACAAGACAAACGAAUUCAGCGAAUAUUUGGCCAAGCAUCCCUUAGCUCAUCACUGCGCACAAGAAAUGAAGGAAGGAAAUUAUCUCCUUGAGGCCUGCACAGCUUUGCUUUCUAAAGCAAAUCUAGUGGAUCAUGUUGCCAUUAAACUACAAUAUGAGAAUUUAGGAAUGCAAGCUUUGAAUAGUACUAAAUGGUUAACAAAUGUCUUCCGCCACCACUUCUUCGAAAACUACCAAGAAAACUCCGUCAACUCCACCGGUAACAACGAAAAUCAAAUAAACAUUGAUUUCGACUUCCACGAUGACUUUGAGCAAAUUGAUCUUCAAAUCCAAACCCGACACAAAAGCAUGCUGUUUGAAGAUGUCGACACCGACGAACUAGUAGGACUUGUUAACAGCAUUCACCCAGUUUUAUCCGCUCAAGAUCGCAUACUACGCCCUCUGUUUGAACAGAAUUGGCCUUUCCCAUACUGUAGCAUUGAUAAAACAUAUGCGAAUACUUUCGACAACUACACCUAUCCCAUAAAUCCCAACGCUCUGAACGAUUGGACUGUAGCACUUUUAUACUCGCCAAGUUCCGCUAAUUAUCCUUAUUACCAAAAUGAACAAAAUAAUCAAGGACAAGGUUUACCACCAAGGUAUCGCGAUGACUACCAACAGCACCCAAGACAACGUGGACACCAUUAUCCACAACACGACCAACAAAGUGAAUACCAACGGGGACAUCAACUACCAAGCUAUCAACAACACGGUAGCCAACACCAAGAUUCUCAACACCAGCGUCCAAGAUAUCAAAAUGUCCAAGGGCAACAAAAUCCUUUACAACACGGGCAACAGCACCAAAAGUAUGGACACUUCCAAGGUACAUCUGAACAUUCGUCCCACUUCAAACAGCAACAAGUAGAGCACAAUCAACAUCAACAGUCUGAACAAUACGCCGUUUUGGUUCGCAAUAAACCAAACUCAAACGGCCAGAAGGAAGUCAAGAUUAUGAUACGUUCUCCUGAAACUAGUCACCAACUUAUGGAAAUCGACAUGGUACCUUCUGGAAGACAAGACUCGCGCGCCGAGGUUUACGUAAAUCAAAAGAAACAACAGAUCCAACAAGAUCGUAGCUCAGAUUACGGCGGUGCCAUUCAAAUCUACUUGGUACCUAACGGGGAGGUGUCGCUCACAGUGCUAGACGUUUUCCAAAUGUUAUACGAUGGCCACAGACUUAGAUUUUCCAUCUUGGACGAAGAGAAGUUCCAAAAUGACGUUCGAGGUUUGUGCGGUACUUUUACUGGUAACCCAUGGACCGAUUUUGCGUGCCCCGAAAAUUGCCUCGUCAAAAGUUCAGAAGAUUUCGUUGGAGCGUACCAACCCAAUCGCCAGAAUAGACCUCAAGGUAAAGGCCACGAAUGUUACUUUAGAGAAGUCAUCUACGGCGAUGUCGUUUCCGAGCAAGACGUUGGAAAGAAACCUCACAAGAAAGAUGAAGAACAAAAGGGUAGUUGUACAAAACAUCAAACCCGUUACAUAACGGACCAAAACGAGGCCUGCUUUACAACCAGGCCAUUGCCAAUUUGCAAACCACAAUGCAAGCCUAAGCAGCGUAUUAACAAGAAUGUGGAGGUAUAUUGCGUUCCUCAUAAUCAGAUGAGUAGAUUGUGGAUUAAGGAAAUCGACAAGGGCUCAAAUCCCAACUUCAGCAUUAAGACUCCUACAAGGCGAGUACCAAUGGAUGUCGACCAAAGCUGUGCUAUGCACUGAUUAUUAUGCUAUACCUUUUUGUAGUAGAUUAGUGACGAACAUUUGAAAAAUGUAAAAAAAAUGCAAUAAACUAUUAUUAGUAUUA